UUCAAAGAAGGGGAAGAAGAAACCCUUUGGCAAAGAACGAAGCUUCGCGUUUCGCAUCCUCUUUCACGACAUUCCAAGUCUUUCUCCAGAGAUUUCGACAAAGUUAUCGAUUCCCCAAGCAGAAGAAUAUCGGUUUUGCGAGAUUCUCUAAUUUGAAUUUCAAUUGCUUGGGGCAGAUCAAUGGCGUCGGGAGAGAAGGAUCACGAAGGCGCGGCGGCGGUCGAGACCGUAGAUCAGAACGAUUCCGCCGCCGUCGUACCCUCGGAGGCUGCAGUAUCCUCCGGCGGGGCGGAGAAGAAGGCGAAGGGGAAGGGUUUGUUCUCGCGGAUCUGGAACUGGAUAUUUAGGGUUAAAGGAGACGAUUUCGAGAAGAGGCUGAAAGGGAUAUCGAAGGAAGAAGCGACGAUCAGAUCCAGGAUGAAGCGCAGAUCGGUCACCAGGAGGAAACUCAUUAGAAACCUCAUCGCUUUCUCUGUCUUCUUCGAGGUGAUUGCAGUGAGCUAUGCGAUUAUGACGACUAGAGAUGAAGAUUUGGAUUGGAAGCUGAGGAGUUUCAGGAUCUUGCCUAUGUUUCUUUUGCCUGCUCUUUCUUUCCUUACUUAUUCUUCUCUCGUUAGCUUCACAAGGAUGUGUGACCGCAGAGAUCAAAACACAUUGGAGAAGCUUCAAGGUGAAAUGCUGGGGAAGAUCGAUGAGUUGAAAGAGAGGACCAAUUACUUCACCACUCUCGAUAUUCUUCGUAGGUUUGACCCUGACCCAGCUGCAAGGGCGGCUGCUGCAACUAUUCUGGCAUCCAAGUUGGGUGCUGAUUCAGGCUUGAAAGUACACGUAGGAGAUGAAUCCCAACUUGAUCCUGCCACAGGAAAGAGCAACGACAUGGAGAUCAAACACUCCCAAGGGCUCAGAAACCGAAAACAACCAAACACAAGACGAAGCACUGCUGGGUCCACUUCAUCCCACCAUUCAGAUAAUGAGUCUAACCAUUCUGGGACAAGCGAAGGAACCACAGAGCAAAACCAGCAGAUGGCUUUUGAGCAUUUUAACCCUCAGGGAUAUGCUGCUCAUGAUGGUAGCUGGAUCUCACGCAUAGCGGCUCUCCUCGUUGGUGAAGAUCCAACUCAGUCGUAUGCACUCAUAUGCGGAAACUGCCAUAUGCAUAACGGACUUUGCCGGAAAGAGGACUUCGAGUACACUACUUACUAUUGUCCUCAUUGUAGAGCCUUGAACAAGCCGAAGCAUUCAGAAGAGCAGCAAUCACUUGUUCCUCCUACUGCUAAUACAGCCUCUCUGAAUCCAAUGGAAAGUGAAGUGAUUAACAGCAGUAGCUCUACUAGUGAGCGUGGUGACAGUCCACUCCCUGCCGAGAUUGUGGGAGAAGCCCCAGAAACAACUGAGAGCUAAGACAAGUUCUUGUGUGAGAGGUAAAGAAAAAAAAGGCUUUCAUAUGUGUUUGUGAUAGAAAGAGAGUUUGAGAUGAUCCUUUCGGUCUUGCUAAAAUCUUAUACCUGCUUGCAGUUUUGAUUGUGGAAUGAAAAGUCUGAACAAAGACGAUCGGAAUAGGUUUUUUUAUUUAUUUUAUCUUAUUUUUCGUCUGUAAACAAAUCGCACCGUGUAUUUUUAUUUAUCUCUUUACUUUUGGUAUGCAGCUUGUUUCUAGUUUGACUCAAAUCACUUUCAUCAUAUAUAAUUAUAUUUUUUGGUUUUA